CCGUUUCUUAAAGUGUUCAUCUUUUUCACAUCUCUCAGCUUAAAUUUAUCACUUCCGUUUCUGGAUUUUAUGAAGCCACUGAGCUAAAAGCUUCUCUUAGACUUGGUGGGUUUUUCAUUGUUUAACGAAACUCACACAAGGAAAACAGAAUCUUUAUUUUUUAAAGCUUCGAAAUUUGAGAAGAGAAUUUAAAACGACCAAGUUCGGGAUAUAUUCGUUUCUUCAUCUUCUUCUACUUUGGUCUCUUCCUCUUCUCUCUCGAAAAGGGUUUAUUCUCUGUCACAAAAGAAACCUUUUUGAGGGAAGGAAAAAAAGGUUCAAACUUCAGAGAAACCCAAAAGGCAGAAACAGAGAUAUCAAAAUCAAAAUCACCUAAUUCAUGAAACAGGGUUCAAUGAAUAGAUCGUGUCUCUGCAGUGUCUUAAUCACCACUGCUCUGAUUUGUGGUGCUUACUUCAUUGGCAAUGCUUAUCUUGCUAAAGACUUUAAAGAGAAAUUGCUAAAGUGGGAAAUCACUGAUAAGAUGCAUAACAUCACUGAUAAGAUGCAGAAUGCAACAUCAACCAGUACAUGCCAGAAUUUGAAUAAGCCAGUGGGUACUGAAGCAUUACCGCAAGGAAUUAUCGCCAAAACAUCGAACCUGGAAACACAACAUCUAUGGAACUACGAUGACACAAAAAAGAGAAGGCCGAACCAUUCGAUGAGUUUGUUAGCCAUGGCAGUCGGAAUCAAGCAAAAGGAGCUAGUUAACAAAGUUAUCCAAAAGUUUCCUCCUCGAGAUUUCGCGGUCAUGCUUUUUCAUUAUGAUGGUGUUGUUGACGAUUGGAAGCAGUAUCCAUGGAAUGAGCAUGCGAUUCAUGUUUCGGUGAUGAAUCAAACAAAAUGGUGGUUCGCCAAGCGAUUUUUGCAUCCUGAUAUAGUUGUAGAGUAUGAGUAUAUAUUUCUUUGGGACGAAGAUCUUGGUGUAGGUCAUUUCAAUCCGCAACGAUACCUAUCUAUUGUCAAAGAAGAGGGGCUUCAGAUAUCACAACCCGCUCUCGACACUUCAAAAUCAGAAGUGCAUCAUCCUAUAACCGCUCGUCGAAAAAAAUCAAAAUUUCAUAGAAGGAUGUAUAAAUACAAAGGUAGCGGGCGAUGUGAUGACCAUAGCACCAAUCCUCCCUGCAUCGGCUGGGUAGAAAUGAUGGCACCUGUUUUCUCUAGAGCAGCAUGGAGAUGUUCUUGGUAUAUGAUUCAGAAUGAUUUGAUCCAUGCUUGGGGUCUGGAUACGCAGCUUGGUUAUUGUGCUCAAGGUGAUCGAAAGAAAAAUGUUGGCGUUGUUGAUGCGGAGUACAUUAUUCAUUACGGUCUUCCUACGCUAGGUGUGGUUGAAACAGCUUCAAGCUCUUUGCGGAACGAGACAGACCCGAAAUCAACGGAAUCAUCAGAGUCUCGUGAAGUGGACAAUAGACCAGAAGUUAGGAUGAAAUCAUUUGUAGAGAUGAAGAGAUUCAAGGAACGUUGGAAGAAAGCUGUGAGAGAUGAUAGAUGUUGGGUCGAUCCGUAUUAAAACCUGAGCGGUUUAAGUAAACCGAACCAAACCGGAUUAUUUUCCUUGUUGAGUGGUGAGUGCUUUGUGGUCGGUCCAUUGUAUACCAUUAUUUGGUACAUAAAUUUUGUUUUACUUGGAAAAAAAUCAGUGUAUUUAUGUGUUUAAUGGACCACAGUAGAUUUAACAUUUUGUAGCAUUUAACAAAAGUGUUUUUGUACUUGCAAAAUAUUUGAUAAUUAUAAAUACAUAAAUAUACAAAAGUGUUUUUGU